CGCUAUGCCCGAAUACAGUGUACUGUGCCCGGAUACGCAGCCCGGAUAGCGGCCCUUAUAGUUGUUCCGUGGCGUGUAGUGGCAUGUGAAGCGGGCGACCGUACAAACUGUUCAUCGGACGCGGUUUUGCCGUGGUCCAGCUGACGUACGCAUGGCUUCGCAAACGCAAACGUCGUUCCCAGUUGCGGGAUGGGAGCGAGACCUCGGCAACCUUCCGCGCCUUCAGCACGAACGCAUCGUCGAGUUCUACAAGGAUAAAGCGGAGACCAGGAGGUGCCUCGACAGAAGCUAUAACUUCUUCGUCGAAUGCUACGUCGAUCCGUCUUCAAUUAAAGCAAACUACACCAACAAGAGUGAUGGCACAGUGUACUUGAAGGCUUCGUGCUACAGAAGCAAGAAGAAGAAUGCAGCGCCAUAUGCAAUCUUUGUGGUAAUAUCGUCAGCAGACGGGUGCAUUAAAAGUACUGAGUGCAGUUGUGCAGCAGGCCGCAGUGCCUGCAAUCACGCCAUGGCUGUAUUAAGGACUGCUUCACAUAUUCAGUCAAGGGGCUUCACUGAGGCGCCCUUGGAGCUCACGUGCACUGACCUUCCACAAAAAUGGCGUGUGCCACGAAGCACAAAUUUGCAUGGCAUGCCAUUACAGGCAGUGAACAGGAGGGCAGUGCGAGAAGACGGCCUUGACUCGCCACUCAGUGUUCGCCUGUACGACCCAAGGGGAGUUUCGCGAACACUGGAUGAGCAGAAAGCUGCUGAAAAGCAAUUGGCUGAAGAAAUUUUAAAAGAAGACCCCGACAGCGAGUUCGCAAAAGGACUUCUGGAAGAUGACAACCAUCCGUACGAACGUACAAAAUGGGGUCUGGCAUCAGUAUUUGCUCCGCUGUCAUACCAACAGCCCUUGAUGCCAUUCGGGUUUGAUGUUGUUGUUAAAAACAUCUUCAGUGCCUCAAUUGACAGCUCCAGCCUGCCGGAAGCUCAUCAAUAUUUUAGCAGCUGUGACACGUGGAAGCCGCCAGCUGCAUUGCAAGACAACAAUAUCGUCAAGAAGCUUUGCAUCACUCCGGAAGAGGCAAGAGUCCUCGAAAGAAACACGCGUGGACAGCGGAGUAGCGCUAGGUGGCAGGAGGAACGCAGUUUCCGCCUGACAGCUUCAAAUUACGGCAUUGUUGCAAGCCGCAGCAAAUGGACAUCGAAGGGACUGCGCGGAUUGGCUGUGUGCAAGGACUUGUCACGUGUUCCAGCCAUAAGGUAUGGUGUUGCAAAUGAGCCACUCGCUUCAGAACGCUAUCGGGAUGUGAUGCGAGGCCUUGGACAUGAUUGCACGGUGCACCCUUGUGGCCUCUUGGUGAACCCUGAAGCUCCCUGGCUUGGUGCUUCGCCUGAUGGGAUAAUCUACGACUGAACUGAACCAGCUGAACUGAACUCGCGUGGCAUACUUGAGGUCAAAUGCCCAUAUUCUUUGCGUGACAAAAGUUUAAAUGAUUUGAAUUCUGCAGAGUUUUGCUGUGCUAUUACUGAAAACGGUCCAGUACUAAAGAGAGACCACAUUUACUAUCAGCAAGUUUUGGGUCAGAUGGCUAUUUCACAGCUUGCAUGGGCAGAUUUUGUUGUGUAUUCAAAGAAGUUUAUUUUAAUUGAACGCAUACGUUUUUCGAAUGAAGACUGGGCAAAGACAAAAGUGAAGCUUGACAAUUUUUAUUUUUCAGAUUUCUUGCCUUUCCUUGAAAGCACUCAUGUUAACUCAAGCAAGACAUAGCAGUGCAAGUGUAACUAGUUAGUGUUGCAUCACAUCUUUUCAAGGGAUACUAAAGGGAACUAUUAACUCAUCGUUGAUUGUUGAAAUAGUGUUCCAGAAACCACAUAGUGCUUGUUUCGUGCCAAGGAAAUGCUUAGUGACAGAAAAAAAUGAUGUUUUAGUGGUCCGCACGCUGUUAGCGCACUUCAAACAGCCUGCCUUGGACUUGCUUAUGAUAUUAUCGAGUGGCACCAGUAGCAACUGGGCACUAGCGGUAGAUGUUGUGCCAUAGCUGCCAAGCCUGCACAGCCUGUUCAUGCAAUUCGCAAGGCUUCCAUGGUUUGAUGGUGUGCAGUCUAGUUUCAAAGGCCAUGGCAUCACUGAUGGCUGUUGGUAUGCCUAAGUGCUUGAUGUGUUGAUUGCAACGCUUCGUCCAUGGAUGUAAAAUUUUUAACCAAUAGUCAUAUUGCUACUCUUCAAUGUUACGCUAUAUCUACAAACUACACAAACUCGCCACGCUGAGGUGGUGGUGUUGGGACUGCUCAACAAGCUUUCCCUGUUGUGUUGCAGGGCCCUUUUAAGUUAACAUGGCCCCCUCAGGCCUGAUGACUGCUCAGGGACAUAAGUGCUUUUCAAGUCAUUAUUUACUACUAACUGGUAUGUUUGUUGUCAAAAACCGUUUACCAUUGUAUUGGUGCAGCAUUCCGAGUUUUUACGUCAGCCCCACUGUAUUCAAAAGCCACUUCAUGGGUGGUUUUCACCCUCAAUGAUAACACAACAUUCUAAGCUAAUUGGGUGGGAAUUUCCACGAUAACUGACUGCACUAAUACACCUAAAAAAUUACGUACAGUUCUUCAAAUGAACAUUUUACACGCCUUUCAGAGCCAUCUUGAAAAGGAAGAAAAGUGAUGUGCCCAAGAACUGAGUAGAUUAAGAGGCUCAUAUCGAGGACGAUAUCGUUAAUGAAACUGAUAAUGAAACCUUUUUUUUCUUCCCUGUAAAAAUGCCCACAAUAUCACUGCCAAUGAGAAUAGUUUGUUGUCUCGAAGCGUCUGGGUGUUUAAAAUGUACGACUGCGUCAUUGUUUAUAAUUUGUGCAAUCCACUGUUAGUGUUUUUCUCUUAUAAGUAUCUUGUGCAUCGUUGUAUUUGUUGUAACUAUUAUAUCGAUUGUUAACUGCGUUAUGUUAUUACCCAUGUGUACCUCCCCUACGCAAUUCCUUACGGCGAUGUAGGUGAAGUGUAAAUAAAUAAAUAAAUUACUGAUGUAGCAAGGACAGAUUGACCAAAGCCAUUUUUACAGCUGUGGCAAUUGGCACGGCUAUCGCAUUACUGCAGGUAAAAUUCUUGUUUGCCCAGCUAAUUUUCUGAUAAACUUGCAUUAUUUAUUCCUUGUCUGUGAUCUUAUCAUGCUAACCUCUUGUAGAUAUAAUACCAACAGGUAGUUUUGCAUACUCUGAAAACAACGAUCUCAGCACCACAAUUUUUGAUAUUAUGCAUAAUGGUGUGACAGGAAGUGUUUUAUGCAUAUUAUUUACAAGACUGUGAUGCUAUUGUCAUAACAUCUUUCAGGUCUAUGACAGCAAUCUUUGUUUGCCUAACAAAGCUGUGAUAUUGAUUCUGUAUCAGACAUUAUUCUGUGUUAUUGGUUACAUGUAUCCUCUCAAAUGAGAGUAUUUUUGUAUGUUAGUGACGAGACCAAUUCCAAGUAGGAAUUUUUAUAUUAUUUGUACCUUUUCAUAUGGCAGAAAUGCAGAACUGCAUUUUAUUCAUUGUGAUACUAGUGUAACAUAUCUUGUUUUGUGCUUUCAGACUAAUGCAAUAGGUAUUGUAUUUUACAAUGCCUUUUCAAGAAAACUAUGAUCAUGACAUGCGAACGUUUGUUUUUAUUGUGAUGCUGUAUUUGCAGCUUUUCUGCUCCUUGUCACAGCAAAAAUGUUUACAUUAAUCACCAGUUAAUAAUGCCUAUCAAUAAAUUCAU